AUGCACACCACACGGCUGGUCAGCGAAGAUCCCAAGAUUUGGGUGGCUGAUGAUUGCGUGCCCCAGGAGUUUUUAGACCAUGUGGACGCAGCAUUUGCAGCCAAAGACCUAGGGCCGCGAGUGGUCGAGAAGUAUGACGGCAGGCGCAUUCUUGCGCGAAAUGUUGACUUUGAAGUUGAUGAGCUAUCACGAGGAAUGUUUGAGAACAUUGCCAAGGUGCUAGGCAUCACUGAGCUGGAUCGCUGUCGUGACUUUAUGGUGUCAGAGGUGUGGGCAGACGGUCAGACAAGCCACGUAGACCACAUAAAUCUUGAUGACCUGGCGGCGAACAAGUACAAUGUGGAUUUUCUUGACCUGAGCAAGCAGAGCUCUUCUGCCGGCAGCCCACGGAGGGUGGUUCCCACAGUCUCCAUCGUGGUUUAUCUCAAUGACGUUGGAGGCAUUCGGUUCCCGCAUGCCGCGGAUGAAGCAGGCACAAUUGCCGCAAAGUGCGGCCGUGUGGUCAUGUUUCAGAACUACGACGAUGUCCACCGACCGGCGCACAAGGCAUCUGCAGAGCACCAUGGCAUAUACUUCAAGGACAUGCCAAAGCGUAUCCUGGUGAUGGGGCUCCUGGCAAAUGAGAAUCCGUCAAUGGUAGGGUCCAACCCACCAUGGCAAGGGCUGCUUUACUGCGCCGGCACCAGCCGCGACCCACUUUUUCAUGACAACCCCUCCUACGACACCUACAAGUCCAAGAAAGACCUGGCAGACAUCUACGGCCCAGACUCCCCUCAAGUGCAGCAACGCGAGCGGAUGGAAGCCGAAGCAAUGAAGAAGCAGGACCUGGUCCUCACCAUGCACUCUACCACCGUUGGAUCAGAGAUCCUAGUGGUGGGCCGCUCGGCAAGUGAGACGUAA